GCACACGCUGCACCCUUCUUUUCGCAGAAGUGACCUAAACCCAAGUUUACAUUUGAUUCUAUUCAACCCAGUGCCGGGUAUUAGCCUACACUUACGGGAAGUGUGAUGAAGCAGCAGUUACUUUUUUGAGAUUGGAUACUAGAAGCGGUAGUAGCCAAAUUACAGUAUUUAUUGAGGGAAGCUCAUGGCGGCUGUGAGUGUGAGUAGCGGUAGUAGUGACACAUCUAGCACCGGCGAAGAGGAGAGGAUGAGGCGGUUGUUUCUGACUUGCGACGGCGACGGUGAUGGAUACAUCAACAGGAAUGACCUGCUGAUGGUGUGCAGACAGCUAAACAUGGAGGAGUCUGUGGCAGAGAUUAUGGGCCAGCUGGGAGCGGAUGAGCGAGGCAAGAUCUCCUUCGAGGACUUCACCCGCUGCCGCAUGCAGCUGGUCAACGAGAUCCGCAAGGAAGAGGGCGAGCUCUCCCAACGCUCCCAGGACUCUGAAACUAGGAAGCUCAGGGAACACAUCGCCUCUUGGCCAACCAGCAGCGAGAACAGCCUGGGGGCCCUGUCAGGGGCCAGAGAGAGCUGGGAGUACGACUCUGGGGCCAGGGACCUCCAGAGUCCAGACAUACAGCCUCGGCAAACACAGACCCAGCAGCAGCCAGCCAUCCUCCAGAAGGUCCUGGAACUGCCUGGGACUGUCCUAGAACAGCAGGCUGCCCUUCAUAUGCUCCUGUCCCAGACCAGCGCCCGCUGUGUCCCCCUGGGGGGAAAUUACCUGGAGCUGGCCAACACAGUGAGUAUGCCUCUGGGAGGGGGCGAGCCCUGCAAUCUUAAUCUGUUUGGAGAGUUUGGGAAAAUCAUGAACUCUUCCGGAGCAGUUGGGAAAUUUGGGAGUGAAUCCCAGAUCGAAGGGGGCAAGUAUGCUGAGUAUGCUGAGUAUGCUGAGUAUGCUGAGUAUGCUGAGUAUGCUGAGUAUGCUGAGUAUGCUGAGCUCCAGCUGACAGCCCUGGCCUCGUGGAAGGGGGACGUGGUGGAGCUGAACAAGCGGCUGGUGCAGACGGAGAGAGAAAGAGAGCUGCUUGAGAAGAGACUGGCCAAAACACAGUGUGAACAGUCCUAUCUGAUGCGGGAGCAUGAGGACGUUCAGGAUCGGACCACCCUACGAUACGAGGAGAGGAUCACAGAGCUACACAGCAUCAUCGCUGAGCUCAACAAGAAGAUAGACCUGCUACAAGGCACUACCAUCAGGGAGGAGGAUGAGUUUUCAGAGCUGCGUUCGGAGCUCAGCCACAGCCAGCACGAGGUCAACGAGGACGGACGCAGCCUCGACCAGGACGUGGCCUCCGUCUCACUGGCUGAAAACCACUCCACCCUGACGACCGCCAACAUGGACAACUGCAGUGACCUGAACUCAGAACUGCAGCGGGUUCUGACGGGGUUGGAGAGCGUGCUGUGUGGGAGGAAGAAGAGCACAUGCAGCCUGUCUGUGGCCGAGGUCGACCGCCACAUAGAGCAGCUGACCACCGCCAGCCAACACUGUGACCUCGCCAUCAAGACGGUGGAGGAGAUCGAGGGGGCCUUGGGCCGGGACUUCUACCCCAGCCUGUCGGAGGAGCGUAUGCACUGGCAGAAGGAGCUGGCCGGCCUGAGGGAAGAGAACGAGAGCCUGACGGCCAUGCUGUGCUCCAAGGAGGAGGACUUGAACCGCACCAAGGCCACCAUGAACGCCAUCCGGGAGGAACGUGACCGCUUGAGACGGCGGGUGCGGGAGCUGCAGACGCGUCUCCAGAGCUCCCAGCCUGCAGGCCUGUCCAGCCCCGGGCGUCUCACCCCCGUCUCCCGUCCAAUCAACCCCAGCACUGGGGAACUCAGCACCAGCAGCAGCAGUAACGAUAUACCUGUGGCCAAGGUGGCGGAGCGGGUGAAACUGUCUAAAACCAGGUCGGAGUCUUCUUCCACCGAGAGGCCUGUUCUGGGAUCAGAGAUCAGCAGCAUCGGGGUGUCCAGUAAUGUGGCGGAGCACUUGGCACACUCCCUCCAGGACUGCUCCAACAUCCAGGAGAUCUUCCAGACCCUCUACUCCCACGGAUCAGCCAUCUCUGAGAACAAGAUCAGGGAGUUUGAGGUGGAGACGGAGAGACUUAACAGCCGCAUCGAGCACCUGAAGUCUCAGAAUGACCUCUUGACCAUCACGUUGGAGGAGUGUAAGGGCAACGCAGAGAGGAUGAGCAUGCUGGUAGGCAAAUACGAGUCCAACGCUACCGCCCUACGACUGGCACUGCAGUACAGUGAACAGUGUAUAGAGGCCUAUGAGCUGCUGUUGACGCUGGCGGAGAGUGAACAGAGUCUGGUACUGGGCCAGUUCAGAGCUGCCGGAGUGGGCGACGUAGGCGAGAAGUUGGGAGAGGAGAGCAUCACUCAAAUCCUGAAGAGGGCCCAUGACUGCAGGAAGACAGCAGAGAAUGCAGCCAAGGAUCUUCUGGGCAGGCUGGACGGUAGCUGUGGAGCCGCAUUCGCUGUGACUGGCUGCAGUGUUCAACCAUGGGAGAGCCUGUCCUCCAAUAGUCACACUAGCACCACCAGUUCCACGACCAGCUCGUGCGACACAGACUUCUCCAAGGAGGACGAACAGCGACUGAAAGACUACGUGCAGCAGCUAAAGAAUGACCGUGCGGCAGUCAAGCUGACCAUGCUGGAGCUAGAGAGCGUUCACGUCGACCCCCUCAGCCUUGAGGUCAAGCCCCGGGGAGAUACGCACCGUCUGGACCUGGAGAACGCUGUGCUGAUGCAGGAGCUCAUGGCCAUGAAGGAGGAGAUGGCGGAGCUGAAGGCCCAGCUCUACCUGCUGGAGAAGGAGAAGAAGGCGGUGGAGCUGCGGCUGAGCACGCGGGAGGCCCAGGAGCAGGCCUACCUGGUGCACAUCGAGCACCUCAAGGCCGAGGUGGAGGAGCAGCAGGAGCAGCGCAGGAGAUCCCUCAGCUCCACUGGGAGUAGUAGUAAAGACAAGAGCCAAGCCGCUAAGGAUUGUGGAGACUCUCCGGCCAUCAGCCUAUCAGACCUGAGGACACUGAAUGAUAGCGACCUGGCAGCAGAGCUCACCAACGCACUGAGACGGGAGAAGAAGCUAAAGGGGCGUGUCCAGGAGCUAGUGGCAGCGCUGGAAAGACUAACCAAGAGUAGCGAGGUCCGCCACCAGCAGAGUGCCGAGUUCGUCAACGAUCUGAAACGGGCAAACAGUAACCUGGUGGCUGCGUAUGAGAAGGCCAAGAAAAAGCACCAGGGCAAGCUGAAAAAGCUGGAGGCUCAGAUGAUGGCCAUGGUGGAGCGCCACGAGACACAGGUUCGCAUGCUCAAACAACGCAUCGCCCUGCUGGAGGAGGAAAACUCACGGCCACACACCAAUGAGACCUCCCUAUGAGAACUGAUGAGACGUCCCUAUCAGAACUCACGAGGCAUCACUAUGAGAACUCACCAGACGUCGCUUCAGAAACUCACCAGACGUCGCUUCAGAAACUCACCAGACGUCGCUUCAGAAACUCACCAGACGUCGCUUCAGAAACUCACCAGACGUCGCUUCAGAAACUCACCAGACGUCGCUAUGAGAACUCACGAGAACUCAUCGCAAUGAGAGACAUCACAAUGAGAGACAUCACUGUGAGAACUUGCAGCCAAAACUCACAGCGCCACACCAACAGGACCUCCGGGUGAGCAACGCAAGGAGACUUCAUGUCCACAUUAUUAUAUGAAACAUCAUUACGAGCAACGGUUAGAGGAGGGAACAAGGGAAAGGCUGGUGUGUGUGUGUGCUGAGAAUGUAACCUUUCCCUACCAACCCAUAGACACCCUGCAGUCCUAUUCGGCACAUACACGUGGGGAGGACACUCUGCGGUGAUAGCUGCAAGUUCAUUGACCAGCAGAUGGACAGGUAAAACUGCCAGGACCAAUUGGAGUUGACGCUACAAAUGACAGCUUUCAAUCAUCUCUGCAGAACGACACAUUAUUUUUACCACAGAAACCGGUAGAGGAAAGGUGUCAUUUUAUAUUUUUUGAGAGGAGCACUAUAAGUAAGCAAUAAGGCACCUCUGGGGUUGGGGAAUAUGGCCAAUAUACCACGGCUAAAGGCUGUUCUUAUGCACGACGCAUCGUGGAUUGCCUGGAUCCAGCCCUUAGACGUGGCAUAUUGAUCAUAUACCACAAACCCCUGAGGUGCCUUAUUGUUAUUAUAAACUGGUUACCAACGUAAUUAGACCUGUAAAAAUACAUGUUUUGAUAUACCACGGCUGUCAGCCAAUCAGCAUUCAGGGCUCUAACCACCCAGUUUAUAAUAUAAACGAACUAUCCUUACUGGCAAAUUAUUAACUAUUAUCUCCCAGUUUAUUUCAAAUGUUAGCUCUGAUUUGGUAGCCUUUUUGUUAUUUCAAGGUUUGACUGCAAAUUAUUUUGAAAGUAUUUUUUUAUCAAUGUUGCCAUUUAGAGUUAUUCCAUUUUGUUGCCAUUUAGAACUAUUUCUGGUGAUUCCCUUUUAAGGAAUAACUUUCUUUCAGCUCUACUUAACAACUUCCCAGUUUUCAGUCUACAAAGUACACUCUGCCAUAGUGAAGACUUACUGAACACAAGGGCUCUAUUCACUCAAACCUGGGUUUGAUGUCUGGAUAUCUUAAAAACAUUAUUAUUCUUGCACUGUUAGAAUGCAUAAUUAUUUUUUUUCAGUCAGUGUAAAAUCAAAAUAAAUGCAAGCGCAUCUUACUUAACCCCGCACAGGUAAAAUGUUUGUAUUUCACGUAACCGGCAAACCUGCUUCCGAGGUUUGAUUGGAUAGGGCCAAAAGUCAAUACCUCAAAGUGCGCAAAAUGUCCUUCCAAUAUGAAUGGCAUUGUUUCAGGUUCAGCCUUCAACUAUACAGCAGUGAAUCGCAAGAGACUGUAGUAGGUGUGUGCACAUGGAGGGGAGAUGACAAUAGGGGUGUGUGUGAGGAGAGAGAAAAGGGUAGAGUGUAUAAGAAUGUUUAAAGCAGAGAUCCAGAUUAUUAAUUUUGUCAUCCCCUUCAUGAACACAGAUUUGUUGCACACACACAAACCUCCUCUCUGGCCAAAGCACUUUUCACUUCCCGCUGGACAAUAACACCACAUUGCCUUGUUGAGGACUCUCUUUGUUUUUCUGCAAGACUUAAACCCGGACCUCCAAUGUUAACCAAUGGCUGCUACACUCACUCACUCUCUCUCUCUCUCUCUCUCUCUCUCUCUCUCUCUCUCUCUCUCUCUCUCUCUCUCUC